ACAUCAAUGCAACUGCUCCUGAAACCAUGACCACCCACACCAAUACAACUGCUCCUGAAACCAUGACCAUCCACACCAAUACAACUGCUCCUGAAACCAUGUCCACCCACACCAAUACAACUGCUCAUGAAACCAUGUCCACCCACAUCAAUGUAACUGCUCCUGAAACCAUGUCCAUCAACAGCAAUACAACUGUUCUUGAAACCAUGACCAUCCACACCAAUACAACUGCUCCUGAAACCAUGUUCAUCCACACCAAUACAACUGCUCCUGAAACCAUGUCUAUCCUCAGCAAUACAACUGCUCGUGAAACCAUGUCCACCCAGAACAAUACAACUGUUCCUGAAACCCUGUCCACCCACACCAAUACAACUGCUCCUCAGACCAUGUCCACCUACACCAAUAGAACUGCUCCUGAAACCAUAUUCACCGAGACCAAUACAACAGCUUCUGAAUUCAGGACCACAUACACCAAUCAAACUGCUCCUGAAACCAUGUUCAUGCAGAACAAUACAACUACUCCUGAAACGAUGUCCAACCAAAACAGUACAACUGUUCGUGAAACCAUGUCCACCCACAUAGAUUCAACAGCUCCUGAAAUCAGAUCCAUCCCCACCAAUACAAAUAUUCCCGAAACCAAGACCAUCCACACCAAUACAACUCCUGAAACCAUGUCCAUCCACACCAAUAGAACUGCUCCUGAGACCAUGUCCACCCAGGCCAACACAACAGGUCCUGAAACCAUGUCCACCCACACCAAUACAACUGCACCUGAAACGAUGUCCAUCCACACCAAUACAACUGCUCCUGAAACCAUGUCCAUCUACACCAAUACAACUGCACCUGAGACCAUGUCCACCCAGACCAAUACAUCUGCACCUGAAACCAUGUCCACCCACACCAAUACAACUGCACCUGAAACUAUGUCCAUCCACACCAAUACAACUGCUCCUGAAACCAUGUCCAUCUACACCAAUACAACUGCACCUGAGACCAUGUCCACCCAGACCAAUACAACUGCACCUGAAACGAUGUCCAUUCACACCAAUACAACUGUUCCUGAAACCAUGUCCAUCCACAUCAAUACAACUGCACCUGAAACGAUGUCCAUCCACGCCAAUACAACUGUUCCUGAAACCAUGACCAUCCACACCAAUACAACUUCUCCUGAAACCAUGGCCACCCACACCAAUACAACUGCUCCUCAGAUCAUGUCCUUCCACACCAAUAGAACUGCUCCUGAAACCAUAUUCACCCAGACCAAUACAACAGCUUCUGAAUUCAAGUCCACAUACACCAAUCCAACUGCUCCUGAAACUAUGUCCACCCAGAACAUUAUAACUGUAUCGACCCGCAUAGAUUCAACAGCUCCUGAAAUCAGAUCCAUCCCCACCAAUACAAUUAUUCCUGAACCUAUGACCACCCACACCAAUACAACUGUUCCUGAAACCAUGUCCAUCCACACCAAUGCAAUUGUUCCUGAAACCAUGUCCACCCACACCAAUACAAGUGCUCCUGAAACCAUGUCCAUCCACACCAACACAACUGUUCCUGAAUCCGUGUCCACCCACACCAAUACAACUGUUCCUGAGACCUUGUCCACCCAGACGAAUGCAACAGGUCCUGAAACCAUGUCCACCCACACCAAUACAACAGCCCCUGAAACAAUGUCCAUCCACACCAAUAUAACUGUUCCUGAAACCAUGUCCACCCACAUCAAUACAACGGCACCUGAAACGAUGUCCAUCCACACCAAUACAAUAGCACCCAAGACCAUAUCCAUCCACACCAAUACAAGUGCUCCUGAAACCAUGUCCAUCCACACCAAUACAACUGUUCCUGAAUCCAUGUCCACCCACACCAAUACAACUGUUCCUGAGACUAUGUCCACCUAUACCAAUACAACUGCUCCUGAGAACACAUCCACCCAGACCAACAAAACAGGUCCUGAAACUAUGUCCACACAAACCAAUCCAACUGUUCCUGAAUCCAUGACCAUCCACACCAAUACAACUGCCCCUGAAACCAUGUUAAUCCACAUCAAUACAACUGCUCCUGAAACCAUGUCCAUCCACACCAAUAGAAUUGCUCCUGAAACCGUGUCCAUACACACCAAUCUAACUGCUCCUGAAACCAUAUCCAUCCACACCAAUGCAAUUGCUCCUGAAACCGUGUCCAUACACACCAAUCUAACUGCUCCUGAAACCAUGUCCAUCCACACCAAUACAAUUGCUUCUGAAACCAUGUUCCCACAGACCAAUACAACUGCUCCUGAAACCAUGUCCACCCAGAACAAUAUAACUGUUCCUGAAAACAUGUCCAUCCACACCAAUACAACUGCUCCUCAGACCAUGUCCAUCCACACCAAAGCAACUGUUCCUGAAACCAUGCUUACCCAGACUAAUGCAACAGCUUUUGACGCCAUGUCUGCCAACACCAAUCCAACCGCUCCUGAAACCAUGUUCAUCCUGACUGGAACGACAGCUCCUGAAAGCAUGUCGGCCAACACUGAUAAAAUGGCUCCUGAAAUCAGGUCCACCCACAGCAAUACAACAGCUCCUGAAGCCAUGUCCACCCACACCAAUACAACUACUCCUGAAAAGAUGUCCACUAACACUGACGUAAUGACUCCUGAAACCAUGUCCACCCACACUAAUACAACUGCUCCUGAAACCAUGUCCACCCGCACUGAUAACACUGCUCCUGAAACCAUGUUCACUCAUACCAGUACAAGUGCUCAGAAAAGCAUGGCUUACGUCACCAAAACAAUUGCUCUUGAGACUUUAAGCACCCUUUCAAAAUCUGCACCCCAUGAAACUGUCAUCACCAACAUCAAUAGAACAGCUCCUGAAAUUAGGGGCACUUCCACCAAUUCAAAUAUUUCAGGUGUUAUUUCUGCCCACACAAAUAUAACAGUUCUUGAAACCAUCACUAAUUACUCAAACAUAACCAGUUCUCAAACUAUUAACAAGACAAAUGCAACCACUUCAGGAACUACAGUCAAUGAUUCUAUUCCUGACCCCCUUAAAAAUUACACUGGUGUACCUUUGGUUGAGACUAAUGAAAGCAGUACACAAACAAAGUCUGUAGGAACUAUUGUUAAUGAAUCCAAUAUGAGCUCUGAAGUGAUGAUGGUCAGUAACAACGAAUUAGUAAUCCUUGAAACAAAAGAGCCAAAUAUUAGUAUACCGAAGUCAGAAUAUACUGGAAAGACUGCAGAUAUAGCUGCUUCAGAAACAAUAUUCAACCUCAGCAAUACAACCACCUUUGGCCAUAUAGGAAGCAACAUCAGUGUGAGUAUUUCCAUAACCAUGAACGAUACUAUCUAUUCAAAUAUUCUUCAAACUAGAGGCACACAUUUCAACAUAUCCACUUCUGAAUUAAUGGUUAAUGUAUCAGCUUCAAACCUUUCUGGAACUAGAGGCAUAAACAAUUCUACAGCUGCUCCUGAACAUGUGAGCAUUUAUUCUAAUAUAGUUCCUACUGGAAUUAUGGACAAUGACACUAGCAAAAUGAUUCGUGGAAUUAGAAGCAUCAAGAAAAAUGCAACUACUGAGAUUACAGAUAACGACAGUGACUCAACCAUUCAUGAAACUAAAAUCAUUGAACCUGAUUCAGCAAUUCCAGAAACUCUAAACAUUGACUCUAAUAAGUCCACUCCUGAAACUAUGGGUGCCACAAUAAGUACAAGUGUUGUCAAGACUAUGCCUGCAAGGACCCAUGUAACCACAGAUGAGAUAAAGAGUAUUAUCACCAGUAGAUUCAAACCUGACACAAUGAUCAACCAAACAAAUACAGUCACUCUUCAGAAUUGGGUCACCGAGACCAGUAUAGCUGCUAUGGAAAUUAUCGACACCAAAAUCAAUAUUACCACAUUACCCACUCUAACUAAUGAAACCACUUAUGACAGUAUGAUACCACACAUCAAUUCAGCUGCCCCUGGAACUAUGGCUACUCAGGUCAAUAUAGCUGUUCCUGAAGAUAUGGUCAUCCACACUAAUGCAAUCACACCUGAGACUAUCAAAGCCCAUACCAGUGCAACCAUUCCUAAAGUUAUGGUUUUCCAUUCAAAUAUAACCACUUGGGCAACAAUAGUCAAUAACACCAAUACAAUCACUCAAAUAAUGGUCAACAACACAGAUGCAAGCAGUCUUGAAAUUAAAGAGACCAACACAAGUAUAACCACCCCUGAAAAUACUGACAAGGUGACCAAUAGCAACAUCAGUAUAGGUGCUCCUGAGACAAUGCCAUCCCACAUAAAUAGGAAUACCUCUGAAAUUAUGGCUACAUUCAUAAAUACAACUGCCAAUAAAAACAUGGGUGAUGACACAAAGGCUGUUGUUCCUGAUGUUGUAGAGAAUAAUGUCAAAGCAACUAUUAGUGAGGCUCUGGGCAAUGACACUACUUUAACACCUUCUGAGAACCAGAACAAUGAUACUCAUCUACCUGCUGCUGGAAAUGCAGGCAUUGACAUCAACAUAAUGGUUUGGAUUCCUGGGAACAACCACAGAGACAUCAACACAAGUACAACUAUCCUUGAAGCCAUCAGCAGUGAUAUCAAUACAACCAUUCUUGAGGACAACUGUACAAAUAGCAAUAAUUGCACUCUUGAACCUAGUGGCAUAGACUCCAAUACACUCACUCUUGAAACUGAGACAGACACUAAGUCAACCAUUUCCAAGACUGUGAGAAAUGAUACCAACCCAACCAACCCAAAAGACUGGAAAGCUGAGAACAAUACAACUGUUCAAAGCCAGGGGCGCAACACAAAUAUUACCAUGAUAAAAAUAAUGGAUAAUGACACCAAUCCAAUUCAAACUGAGCCUAGGAGCACCUACACCAAUGCAACUACUGCUGAUACUCAACUGACCAACAAGGACACAACUGCCCUUGAGGUAGUGGGCUCAACCAACAAUGCAACAACAGCUGAAACCUUGGGCACCAAGACCAGUGUUGGCAAUACAAUCAGUCUUGAGACAGUGGGGAAUGAUACCAGCAAAAUUGCAAAUAAAUUCAUGAACAAUAUCAACAAUAAGACUACAGCUAUAAUUACAGGCAAUGACAUUGACUCAGUCGCUCCAGAGAUUAUAGGUAAAAGUAGUAAUAUGAACAUUUCUUAUCCUGUGGUUAUCAAUACUAAUGUAACUGUUCCUGAAACUAAGAGUAAUGGCAAUGGUUUACUUGCCCUUGAGACCAUGGACAACUCUACCACUCUAGAAACUAUUGACAUGGAUUCAUCUGCUCAUCUAUCUGGAGUCACAAUGCUUGCUCCUGAAAGUGCAGUCACCAAUACAACUCCAAAAGAUGCCGGCAUUAAAUUAAUCACAAGUGAGCAUGCAAAUGCCAACACUUCUGUCAAUGAGACCCUUUCAAGUCCUGCAGUUCCUUCAAGCAAUUCAUCUAUUUCAAGAUUCUCUAUUUUGUUUAUAAGUGAAAGAAAACAAGGGGUUUCAAACAUGGGAAUAUCUUCUGAGGGUCCAAAUUCAUCCAAUGAAUUGACUGGAGAUCUUUCCUGUGAUAAAUCAAAAUGUCCCUUUCCCCUGAAAUGCAAUAAACCUGAAGUCCUCAUUCAUUUACCGAAUGUUGGUGAUCCCUGUUGCACUGUUACAACCUGUCGUAAACCCAAUGUACUGUUUGGAAGGAGUUUCCAGGAUGUUGACCAAUUGACAGUGAGACCACAUCAACGUGCUGGUCGGGUAUGUUCCUUCAAUAACACUUCCCUACGCCCAGGUGAAAAGGUUAAUCAGUUGCAAGGCAACAUCUGUAAGACGUAUACUUGCACCAGUAAGGGCAAGACACCACCGACAAUAACAACCUCCACAAAGACCUGUAAAACAACUUGCAGCAAGGGCUUUGAGUUGAGAGACUCUCGUGAUAAAAAUGAUUGUUGUCCAGAGUGUGUUCAAGUAAAAUGUAUUUACAAUACUCCAACUUCUCCUGAGCCCAUCCUGCUUGAGGUAAACGAGAUACGUAACAUUGAUGCGUGCAACCAAGUUUAUUGUAUUUCAAUUGAUGGGUAUGUCGCAAUGCAAGAGUCAGUAAUAUAUUGCGCUGGGGAUUUGCAGGCAUGCCUUGAGGCUGGAGGUAUGGUUUUGUCAUCUGAGGACGUUUGCUGUCGCCUGUGUGCAAUUUCCAACACAAUUAAAACGUGCAAUGCAGGUGUGAAAAAUGUCAAAUUGACUGAAGGUAGCUGCUCUGGACAGGUUAAUGUCACUGUGUGUGAAGACAGGUGUUCCCCAAUCACACAGAACAAUCCAGACAUGGACCGCAAGAUAGUUGAGUGUGGCUACUGUGUGCCGAAUAAUACCAAAUUUACCAAUGUCACCUUGAGCUGUGAUGAUGGCAGCACCACCAUCUACACAAUUAUUGAACCAGUUUCGUGUCAAUGCAAGCUGAGUGACUGCAGGGAAUCUGAACGAAUCAACUGAUUUACUUCUCAAAGUUCUGACCCAGUUACAAAAGACAUAAAAAUAAGUUUGAAAAGCUGGCCAUUGUGGAGAAGGUGUUCCUUUGAAAUGAUUACUAAGAUGUUUCUAGUUUGUCCAUAUUAUUUGCAUUUUACCAAAAUCAUUGAUUCUAAAUAAAUUUGUUUUUCAUUAUCUCUA